AUGAACGCGUUCUUCGAUGGGUUUGUAGAUUCUGGUGCAACGUUAAAAGAAUUUGUUGACCAAUUUGACAAUGCCCUCAGGAAAAAGGUGGAGGUUGAGACGACAGCUGAUUUCAACUCCCCCAACCAAACCAUCCCAUGUUCAUCCGCAUUCCGCAUUGAGAAGCAAUUUCAAGCGGUGUAUACGAGUGCAAAAUUUAAAGAGCUACAAAAAGAGGUGUGGGGAAUGAUUUUAUGUAACUGCAUACUUAUAUGCAAGGAGGGUUGCAUUUCCACCUACGAUGUUUUGGAUAAAAUUACCACUGAUGAUGACCAUGUGAAGAGCGUCAAGUACACUGUUUAUUUUAACGAGGAGGAGGUUGAUCUCAAAUGCACAUGUGCGUUGUUUGAAAUGAGGGGGAUCCUCUGUAGGCAUGCAUUGAACGUUUGCCAGAUGAAUAAGAUUCAUGCGUUGUCGGAAAAGUACAUCUUGGAUCGAUGGAUGAAGGAUUUAGAGAUGAGAUAUACGGUGGUCAAAAGUAGCUACGAUGACUUGCGAUCGAAUGUGGACUCACAGUGGUAUGAGUUCGUGGUUAAAUAUUGUGUAAAAUUAGCUACCCGUGUUUGCCCAAGUGAUGAACAUGUUACUGCAUUCGUGAGCCACUUGGAGGAGUUUGAGAAAAAAUUUCAAGGAUUGACACUUGACUCCGGUUCGAGCAAGGUGAAAGAAACUAUAGUCACAGAAAAGAGUAAGAAAAUCUUAAGCUUGCAUGUUGUUCGAGGGAAAGGUAGGCUACCAACGAAAAGGAAGGUUCCUCCGGUGGAGAAGACAGCAAGAAAGCAAAAGAAACAACCGACAUGCAGGAAAAUAUUUGAUGAUGCAUCACAUGAUGGUGAGGUAUCAGAAGCUCCAGAAAGUGACCAGGUACUUAGUGCAUGCAAGGAUGAUUUUGUUGUACUAACACAGUGCAGUACUUUCACACACCCAACGCCAUCGGAAAAUGAGAAGUGA